AGACAACGGUGGCCCCCUGUCCUCUUUAGGUCCUUAGCCUAGGGAAAAGAAAGGAAAUUGUCAGAUGGGAAAUGUAGGGUUAAUGUAAACACUAAACACGUGCGGCAAUGGAAACAAGUGAAAGUGUGCCAAGUAGCUCAAAGCUUGGUUCUUGCGAAGUCUGUGCACGAAACGAGGCACAGUACACCUGUCCUCGAUGCGAAGUUAAAACCUGCUGUCUCGCCUGUGCCAAAGUGCACAAACAAGAGUUGGAAUGCAGCGGAAUCCGUGACAGAACCAAGUACAUACCCAUCAACAAAUUCACAAAUCUCGACCUAUCAAGCGAUUAUCGCCUACUGGAAGAAAUCACAAGAAGCGUGGAUCUACUGAAAAAAAAUUCUUCGCGAAAACCUACACGUUUAAAUCAUGAACUUCCAAAUCACCUCUACAAGCUUAGCAAGGCGACGACCGCCCGUAAAACAACCCUCAAAUUUCUUCCAAGAAACUUUGUAAGACACAAACGCAACACAACGCGUCUCCACUUCGCAUCCGACGUCGUCUAUUGGCACAUUGACUGGAUUUUCCCUAACGCCGAUAAUUUAAAAUUAUGUGAUGAUAAUGUACCUGAAACCGAACGCUUAAGUACGCUUACGCAUAGACAUUUGGCGAAUGAGAACAAACUAAUUCGUGAACGCCUACAAUAUUACAUCGCCGUAGAUUUGCCGGGUAUUAAACUACUUCUUAAAGCGGAGCAGAAGCCGGGCCAGAAGUACUACGAGUUAGAUCCCUUGGAAAGUUUAAAGGAUAACUUGAGGAAUAAAAUUAUAAUCGAAUAUCCGACGAUUCAUGUGGUGCUCAAAGAGCAUCUGCACUUGUAUGAUGUCAUUGAGUCAGACGAGGAGGUUUACAUAGAUGCAUCAGUAUGUAACGGAAAUGACUUAGCUAAUCGUAUUAUUAAGAGUGCGGAGGAGGAUGAUCUGGACAGCAGUUUGAAGAAUUUGUUGUUUAUUUCGGAAUAUUCGGAUGAAGAAAUUUCUGAUUGAUAGCUUUCUUUUUCUGUUUAAUUUUAGAGUUGUACCUAUUUAUUUGGAAAUAAAACUUUUGUUUGUAUUA